UAAAUUCAUUCAAGGGAAAUGAUUUUGUGUCAACAUUUAAUUGUUACAGAUUGAUAGUCGUAUGAUUAAUUAAUGAUUAGUAUUGUUGUGUUUUAGUUUGAUUGAAUUUUUCAUCAAUUGUUUUCUCAUUCUGAUAAUCAAUUAUUUCAUUUCAAUCUAUUUCUGUAUUUCAACUCAUCAAAAUUCAUCUUCAUUCAACAGCAACAAUCAGGAUUAUCGCAAUGAGAUCAAGUGAACAUCAAUCUUAAACUUACAACAAUCAAGGUUUUCGUAAUUAUCUAAAUAAAUCAUUUCUAGAGUCUACUAAUCAAAAGGGAAUUUAAACAAAACAACAACAACCAUCAUCUCCAUCAUUUGACUGAAAGAUAUUCGAAUGAAAGUUGAUUUGUUAAUUGAACAACCAGUUAAUUCUUUUUAAGGACAACUUGUUCUCAAAUCUAAACAAUCUUAUUGUUAAUUCUCCUCCUUUUGAUGGUCAAACCUCUUUUCGCUGUCAACAAUUAUCUUCCCUCUUGUUACUGUGCGUCUUGUCUCAUUGUUUACAUCGCUCUUCAAUUCAAUUCACUCAACCAGGCUAUUAACGAGUUAUACCUAUUGUGUCAUUUUAAAUUAUAAUCACCAUCAUGUUACAUGAGAAAGAAUCAACGGAGCAUCACAAUUGUUUCAAAGAAAAAUCUAUUACCUUUGGUGAAACCAACAGUUUCCGCAAGAAGAGUAUCGCUCGUUUGAAAGAACUUCAAGAAAAAGUGAAAACGGAAGUGAAACAAAUCGAAAUGAUCAGUAAAAAGGCCAAAGCCGGAAUUCAUUGUAAUGAUGAGUUUAUCUAUGAAAAGUCACGACAAAUGAACGGCGGUUGGGUUUUAUCGAGUCGACAGAUGCAAUUCCUUUCCAAAUAUCCUUAUAUCUACUGUGCUACUGCGGGAUCCAUUCUUGAGAUGCUUUGUCUCCAAAGAUUUUGGACCAACCUCGCUCGUUUUAUUCCGAAAUUUGUUGCUCCUUCUUUGAUCACCUUCACUGGUCUUGCGAUUAACAUUUUCUGCUCACUUAACGUAAUUUAUCUCGCACCAACUCUCAAAGAAGAAGUUCCUUCGUGGGCAUUUCUACUCUGUGCUAUUGGUACUUUUCUUUACCAAACUUUAGACGCGCUUGAUGGUAAACAAUCGGCCAAAGUGCAAAACACUCAAAUCGAAGAGUUGACUGACCAUGGAUGCGACGCUGUCUCAACCAUAUUCGUUACCAUCGCAACUGCGAUCGCCUUCCAGUGGUAUCAUCCAAAUCUAUUAUUUUUAUUCUCCAUGGUGACAUUUGUUGCAUUUUUCUCAACUCACUGGCUCGAUCAUGUUACUCAUUGUAUGGUAUUUAAGAAAAUUGACGUGAGUGAAGCUCAAUGGGCAAUGAUUAUCACUCAUGGACUAACUGCUUAUGGAGGCCAAAAGAUUUGGCGAUAUUCAAUUUUCUCAAUAUUCAAUGUGGAUAUAACUGUUACUCAUGUGAUGGCUCUUUUAACUCUCGUAUCUUUAAUGAAUGUCAUUUACGACAAUUUAAAUAUGUCUGUUCUAGGAAAGAAAACUCCACUGGAAGAAUCCGGUGUUAAUAUCCCUCGGCGAACAAGUCACUCGAUCUACAAUCCACUUUACCCUCUAGGGCUUUUGUUGUUCCUCUCCUGGUUUAAUUAUGUCUCUGGUCUAUUCACAUUGAAUUCGACUGCUUUCAUUAUGGUCUAUGGAUUCGCAUUUGCAAAACUUGUCAUAGCUUUGGUAAUGGCCAAUGUUUCUCGUGGGGAAAUGGACAAAUGGGACUCGAGUCUUGUAGCUCCUCUUUUAUUGACAAUCAAUCAAUCGCUGAUUGGACUUAUCCAUCCCUACACUGCUCUUCUUUGUGCUUUGGUCUAUUCGAUGAUGGAUUUUGCUCGUUACUUUACUUAUGCAUGUUGGGAUCUAACCAGUGCUCUUGAUUGUUACAUUUUAUCAAUCAAAUAUCCGGUUGGUCAUGAAAAAUGGCGAGGAGGCAACGAAGGAUUUUAUAUCAAUGGACUGAAUAACGAGGAUGUUAAAAGGUCAUGGAAAAAAUUCGAAGAGACUGAGAAAGAUGGACUCAUGAAGGAUCUCUUCUGUUAUGAGUAAUUUGAAAGGAAUCGUGACAAAUCUCAACCAUGGAUCAAAUUUUGAAGAAAUUGAAUUGUUAAAGAAGAUCAAUUUUCUUUAUUUUCACUCGAAUCUUAAUUUGUUCUUAUUGAAUUUAUAGUCGUUUUCUGUUGAAUUUUACUAUUUUAAUUUUUUGUCUAAUGGACACGACAAACCGAAUGUAAGUCCGUUCGGACUUUGGACAAAAAUCUGUUGGAAAACCAAUGACGAUGAUGAUUUUAAAUCAUCUUUAAUUUUGUGAUAUCUGAGAAACUAUGGAAAGUUUCAAUUGCUCUGAGACAAACAAACUUUCAACCUUUGGAUGUGAAAACCAAGAUUAUCCCCACAAGAGGCAUAAAAAAGACAAUUUUCCAACGUCGAUCAGAAAAAAAGACAUUUAUGACUGAUUGUUACAAUUUGAUCAUCUCAAAUUAGUUGAAUCGAUAUGUAAAAAUAUAAUUUUCACUUAAUUUUGACAAUUAACCGAUAACUUUACGUUAUCAGUGUUAAUCUACCAAAGAAACACAAACAUAUUAAUCUAACACUCGAAGCCUUUGUUCAAGCUAAAAAAGAGGAUAAAAUGUAUAGUUGAUUGAUUAGCUUGAAAGAAACUCAAUUCUAAUUUAUUUUACCUCAAAUUCAGGUCAUGAAUGAAAAUUAAAUGUUAUUUGUGGUCCAUUGUAAUUUUUUCUAGUAGUUAAUUUGAAUAAAAGCUGCCGUUGUUAAUUACACUUAA